CCCGUGCUCUAUCAGGGUGCGCGUUUCUCUGGAGUAGGUAGGGGAAAGUUUGUCGUUCUCUCAGCCGGUUCACGUAAAACAAUGCGCAAGUUUUGAAAAUUGUUUUCGAUUUUUUAAAACAUUGUUUGGUCGAGGAUUGUGUUCUAGUCAGUCGGGAAUCGAUGGUUAGUGCAUCGAAAGCAUGUUGAAGGAUAUUAACAGCGUAGAGUGAAGGGCAAGUUAGCACACUGAGCAGAGGCAUUGGCCUUGUGUAAUGUGCUGAAGAAGUUGAGAGUGCCCUUGUGAGAAAACUCUGGCCAAGUUGAUAUCGGAGAUGCGUCUGCUGGUUGCCAUAGCGACGGCGGCCGCCCUGCUCUCCUGCUGCUCUGCCAGAAAGACGCUCGGCUACAGGACCAGACCAGCAUGUUCGUCGAGGGAAUGGCAGUGUAACGAUGGAUCCUGUAUCCCAAAUUACUUGAAGUGCGAUGGAAAAAAUGACUGCCCCAAUGGAGAUAACUCAGAUGAGCGCAACUGUCCUGUGUAUUCUCAAAAUUGCGAACACAAGUGUAGCAAUGGCCACUGCAUCGAUAGUAAGUUCUGGUGUGACGGCCAUGUACAGUGCCCUGAUGGAUCUGAUGAGAAAAAUUGCUCUUGCAAAGAAGGCAUGUUUAAGUGUGACAAUGGAGUAUGUAUUAGAAAAAAGUUGCAUUGUGAUCAAAUGGUGCAUUGUAACGAUGAAUCAGACGAGAGAAAUUGUAAUUACACUCGUGAAUGUCGGUCGCAUGAGUUCCAGUGUCACAGCUCGAGUGCGCAGAAUCCAGUGUGCAUCGACUCAUCCCGUCGCUGCGACCGAGCCUACGACUGCGACGAUGGAUCUGACGAACGCAACUGUACCGCUCAAACAGCUUGCACCGGUGACUCGUUCCGUUGUGGAGACAACUCGUGUAUUCACGGCUCAUUGGUCUGCAACGGUGAACAAAAUUGCAAUGACGGUAGUGAUGAGGACAAUUGUGAUGACGAUUUGGAUGUGGCUCCAUGUCCCAGCUCAGACUUCAGCUGUGAAGACGGCUAUUGCAUUCCCCUCAGCCAGAAGUGCGAUGGCCUGUCAGAUUGUGCGUCUGGCAUUGACGAAUCCGACUGUCCUGAUGUGGCGCCUACAGACGAAAACUACGUAGCUUGCUUGCCAGAUGAGUUCAGGUGCAACAAUGGCGAUUGCAUCUACAAAUACCUAGUCUGUGAUCAAAUAAACGACUGUAUAGAUAAGUCUGAUGAAACUAACUGCCAAACUCCAGAGCCCACUUCACCUCCCACCUGCGCUCCGUCUGAAUUCACUUGCUUCAACGGCCAAUGUGUUAGGGCGUCUGCUCAUUGUAAUGGCGUCUUUGAUUGCAUGGAUCAGUCUGAUGAACAUAACUGCAUUAGAUCUUGUAGAUCCAAUGAAUUCCGUUGUAAAAACGGAAACUGCAUACCUUCCAGCUAUGUGUGCGAUCAACGGCAGGAUUGUUCUGAUAACUCAGAUGAAACGAAUUGCACAAAAGAAUGUAGAACAGACGAGUUUCAAUGCAGCAAUGGUCAGUGCAUACCGCGCUACAGAUACUGUGAUCGUUCUUUCGACUGUUUGGAUGGAAGUGAUGAGAAAAAUUGCCCCCGCCCCCAGCCAAUAAGUUGUGCUUGGAAUCAGUUCGCAUGCAGCUCUGGAGACCAAUGUGUACCGAAAUCGACUCAGUGUGAUAACAGGAGAAACUGUAAUGAUGGAUCUGAUGAGUUCAAUUGUGCAAACAGUGUUCUCGAUGAAUUGAAUCUGAAGACCUAUCCUGAUGACCAGAAAAUAAAAGAGAGCCGUGACGUAGUAUUCCAAUGCAGAGAUGAAGGGCCACUACGCGCCCACGUUCGCUGGACCAAAGGCAAUGGAGCUCCACUGCCUCCUGGAUCAACUGAUAGCAACGGAAGACUCGAAAUGCAUAACAUCCAGAUUUCGGAUGGAGGCACUUACAUUUGUGAAGCGAUCGGAUAUCCCCCAUCUACUCCAGGGUCUAGAGUUUCUGUCAUCCUCCAAGUUGAACCAUUCCCGCAACCGGUGACGCGGCCGCCCCAAGCGUGCGCAGUGGACGAGGCGACGUGCUCGAACGGCGACUGCAUCAAGAAGCACCAGGUGUGCAACGGCCGCUACGAGUGCACCGACGGCUCGGACGAGAUGCGAUGCAACCCGCUCGGCUGCGAGCCCAACCAGUUCGCCUGUGACAACCGCAAGUGCGUGCAGAAGACCUGGCUCUGCGACUCGGACAAUGACUGCGGCGACUGGUCCGAUGAACGCAGUUGCGGCACCACUGCGCCUGGCUCUCGUUGCAAAUUCAAUGAGUUUGAAUGUGCCAAGGCUAAUCAGUGCAUCCCCAAGUCAUUCCAUUGCGACAUGGAAGUCGAUUGUCAGGAUCAGAGUGAUGAAAUUGGAUGCUCGGCCGUCACGCAAGACCUGUCAGUGCCGCUGCCGCCACUGGUGGCCGUGGAUCAGGGCGCCACGUUCACGGCUCGCUGCCGCAUGAUCGGCGUCCCGACGCCUGUUGUCGUUUGGCGCAAGAACUGGGGCCACAUCCCUGACAAGUGUGUUACCACCAGCGAGAAUGGGUAUGGCGUCAUCACAUGCCCCGAUAUACAGGACUCCGACCAAGGUGCCUACAGCUGUGAAGGCUUGAACUCAAGAGGCUCAACGUUCGCCAACCCUGACACCUAUCUGAUGAUGAACAAACCGAAUACCACCUCGAGCACAUGUCCCAUUGGUCAAUUCAACAACCUGGCAGCGCGACCCGAAGAAUGCAUCUCUUGUUUCUGUUUUGGAGCCACAUCUGACUGCUCCAGUGCUAAUCUCUUCGUUUAUCAGGACUCCGACCAAGGUGCAUACAGCUGUGAAGGCUUGAACUCAAGAGGCUCAACGUUCGCCAACCCUGACACCUAUCUGAUGAUGAACAAACCGAACACCACCUCGAGCACAUGUCCCAUUGGUCAAUUCAACAACCUGGCAGCGCGACCCGAAGAAUGCAUCUCCUGUUUCUGUUUUGGAGCCACAUCUGACUGCUCCAGUGCUAAUCUGUUUGUUUACCAGUUCCCGCCGCCAGUUGACCACCAUGAACUGCUGGACGUGUACUUCCACCCGGAUGGCAGUGUCAACAUCAACUCACAAUCAUCAGUGCAGUCAUCAGUGCGCAGCAACCGACAAAGAAAUGGCUUCCAGAUAUUAUCGUUCCCAACUGAAACGCCCAACUACUAUGAAAACUACUACCCAUUCUACGUGAUGCCUGACAAUGAUGAGCACGGAAGCUACCUGAAAUCGUAUGGCGGUUAUCUGACCUACUCUGUUCUAUUCAAUGGAAAAGGACAGCCUGUGGAUCAUGUACCUGAUGUCAUUUUGAAGGGAAAUGGCUAUAUCCUUGUCCAUCGCGGUCAACCUCUUUCACCUGGCAGAGAACAUAAGCAGAGCAUCAGAUUGUUCAGAGGCGAAUGGUACAAAGUCAAAGAUCCAAAAACUGGACCAGGCACUCGCCUUCCCCAGAAUGGAGUGCCCGCUACCAGAGAAGAUAUCAUGAUGACAUUGGUCAAUGUGGAAAAUAUACUCAUCAAGGCACAAUACCUGUCAGGCCCAGGCAUCGAGACGACAAUCUCUGGCAUCAACCUGGACUCGGCGGGCCUGUCGAACGUGGGCCUCGGCCAGGCGGCGUUCGUGGAGGAGUGCCGCUGUCCCAUUGGCUACUCGGGCCUGUCCUGCGAGCAGUGUGCACCGGGUUUCAUGCGGCACUCGUCUGGACCCUGGCUCGGUCACUGCAAGAGCGUGCAGGAGACGUGUCGGCCCGGCACCUACGGCGAUCCCAGUCGCAACAUUCCCUGUGAGCCGUGCCCGUGUCCGCUCACAAACCCGUCUAACCAGUUUGGUCGCACAUGCUACCUGGACAGUGACGGUCAGCCGACCUGCAAUUGUGAGCCGGGCUACCAGGGACGGCGCUGUGAACAUUGCGCCCCUGGCUACUCGGGCAAUCCCUUUGUUCCUGGCGACCAUUGCAAACGAGAGUUCUGCGACCCUGCCGGCUCUCUGUCAUCGAGUCCUGAUCAGUACGGUCAAUGCACAUGCAAGGAUUUCACAACUGGACCUCAAUGCAAUCACUGUAAGGCGAACACAUUCCACCUGUCAUCGGUUCACAAAAAAGGUUGCAUCAGCUGUUUCUGUAUGGGCAUCACCCACGAAUGUACCAGUCUCAAGUGGUAUCGCAAUCAGAUAACAUCAGGUUUCUCAACGAGCACUCAGGACUUCAAACUGGCCGAGUCAAGUGAGCCCACUAAAGAAAUAACUGAAGGACUGUAUGUUGAUCAACAAAACGGAGAGCUAGUCUACCGAGACUUCACCAAACCUGAUGUUUACUAUUGGGUUCUACCCGCUCGAUUCCUUGGUGACCGUAUCACGUCCUAUGGAGGAUAUCUGAACUACACAAUCCGCUAUGUGCCCACUCCAGGUGGCCAGAGCUCGAGAAACAACGCUCCUGAUGUCGAACUGAUCAGUGCCAACCACUUCCGUCUGAGGUACUACAACAACGAUAAUCCGGUGGAGCCGAAUCGGCCGGUCACGAUAUCUGUGCCAAUAAUGGAGCACAAGUGGCAGAGGGAGGACGGCAAGACGGCUGAGCGAGAGAACUUCCUGAUGGCACUGGCUGACCUCAAUGCCAUCCUAAUCAAGGCUACCUACACCACCAACACUCAGUCCGCAUCACUAAUCACAGUGUCGCUGGACACGGCCGACUCGCGCAACACGAACCAGGCGCGCACAGCUGAGGUGGAGCUCUGCACAUGUCCGCCAGGCUACAAGGGCACCUCGUGCGAGGACUGCGACACUGGCUACACGCGCACCGACAACGGCCUCUACCUCGGCAUCUGCGAGGAGUGCAAGUGCAACCAGCACUCGUCCCAGUGCGAUCCGGACAACGGCAAAUGUUAUAACUGCAGAGACCACACGGAGGGCGACUUCUGUGAGCGAUGUCAGCCCGGCUACCGGGGCAAUCCACAGCGUGGCGAGCCGUGUGUGAGGGACGAUGACUCAUACCAGUGCACUUGUGACGAGCGGGGCAGUCUGUCGCGCGAAUGCAGGGGCAACGAGUGCGUCAGUUGUAAGAGAAACGUGGAAGGUCCAAGAUGUGAUACAUGCCGGAGAGGAACCUUCGACCUGUCAGCUGAUCAUCCUGAGGGUUGUCUGGAGUGUUUCUGCUCGUCAGUGUCCGACGAUUGUCAAUCUGCCAACCUCUACAUCACACAAAUACCAAUGCUCAUCAUAGACAAUAAUCAUGGCUUCACUCUGACAGACAGUAACCGAGAAGACAUCAUUUCAGACGGAUUCAAAUUGAUUCCACAAAAGAAUGAGAUCGGUUUCAACCUGCAAAACCAACAACGCUCAAGACUAUUCUGGUCUUUGCCUAGAGAAUUCACUGGUAACAAGGUGACGUCUUAUGGCGGAAACUUGACGUUCUCUCAACGAUUCAGUAAUGAAUACACACUAUACAGUAUUGCCUUCUCUACUUGAAUAGUCUAUUUUAGAUCAACUUCAAUGUUUUUUUGUUUAAUUUGCCAGGUGCAAACCAUUCCCUUGGUACCGGGCGACUGGCGAAGACUGGAUAGACUGCAAGGACAGAAGGUCGCCUCCAGAGAAGACAUAAUAACAGCUUUGUCUUCGAUCGAGGCAAUCAUCAUUCGCGCCACACACAACACUGAUGUCACGUGGACUUUCCUCAGUGAUGUUUCGCUCGACACUGCUGUACCACAAGUCACAGGACAGAAGAGAGCCUCCUACAUCGAAAGCUGCAGAUGUCCUGUGGGCUACCAAGGAACGUCUUGUGAGUCGUGCAGCCCUGGCUACUACAGGGAUCACGAGAACCAGUGUAAUAAAUGCCCUUGCAACAACAACGAAGAGAGCUGCUCACUUGGGUCUGGAUCCAGGGUUGUCUGCCACUGCAAGCCUUCAUUCACUGGCACUUACUGUGAUAGCUUAGCUGGUUUAAUGAUGGAACUGAUGCCGAUGCGCGUGUUCGCCAUACCCGGCCGGGUGGUGCGCUUCAACUGCAGCUACCACAGCUUGGAGCAGCUGUCAAUCACUUUCGAGGAGGCGUUCUGUCCUCCGCUCAACUACAGCCAAUCGCUGAGCAGUUCCUUCUUCAGCCGCAUCUACCGCUAUUACUGGGGAUCCGAGCGCAUUUUGGAUCUCAAAAUUCAGCCCGCACAUAAAAUGAUCACCUGCAAAGUCAGGAAUCGGCAGGGAAUUGUUGUGGGGUCGUUGUCCUCAUUGAUAAACACAGAAACGGCUACAGCUGGUCCAUUGACCGAGUCUCCAUCAGUAUUGCCUCAACCCACCAUUUCCAUCUCAAUGGGAGAGCCGACCUACCGAAUUGCAUUGAUAGGAGAAACAGUGCGCAUGAACUGCUACGGACGCUCACUUACACCAGAUAGAGUUGUAUCGCUGAAAUGGUCAAAGGAUGGAGGGGAAUUGCCAAGAGGUAGAUACGAUGACAACAUGCAAGGGUUGCUGACUAUAUCGAACAUCCGGCCGAGUGACUCUGGCGUCUACAUCUGCACAGCUAGUGAUGGCUUCAGCUUUGUCACUGAACAAGCAAGGCUCUACGUUGAAGACAGAGUUUUUGCACUUUUAAUAGUUGUAUCGCUGAAAUGGUCAAAGGAUGGAGGGGAAUUGCCAAGAGGUAGAUACGACGAUAACAUGCAAGGGCUGCUGACUAUAUCGAACAUCCGGCCGAGUGACUCUGGCGUCUACAUCUGCACAGCUAGUGAUGGCUUCAGCUUUGUCACUGAGCAAGCAAGGCUCUACGUUGAAGACACUCACAGGAACGUUGCACCGAAAGUGACGGUGACUCCAGCCUACUUGACAGUGAGAGAAGGAGAUCCGGUCGAAUUCCGUUGCCUUGCCACCGGAACUCCUACACCUGUAUCACAGUGGAUCGGCCAGGGCGGAAUGAAUCGACAGGCUUCGUUUACUGGUGGAUUAUUCUAUAUCAAUGCCGCUCGCAAAGAAGAUGAGGGAACCUACGAGUGUACUGCUACCAAUGUGGCUGGUUCAGAUGCCAAGCGUGUUGUUUUGAAAGUUGAGAGUACCCGCAUUCCAAUAGACAACGCCAGCUCAAUAUUGACUGUAGAACCGAAAGAGUUUGUUGGUUCCGUGGGUGAAACAGUGGAACUGCAAUGUCUACCAUUGCUGGUCGAUUACACAACACAUUGGAAUCGUUCUGGACAGCCUCUGCCUUCGUACGCACAAGAUCGCGACGGAGUGCUGACUAUCUACAAUGCCAAACCUGCCGAUUCUGGAAUCUACAUCUGCUAUGGUGUGUCGUUGAGCAACGGCCACAGAGUGCAAACACAGACCAGGGUUUCAGUAGAGAGUAGAAGUUUGCCGCCGAAAGUGACGAUCGAGCCGGAGAGUCAAACAAUUCUGCAAGGUAGUUCGGGAGAAAUCCGCUGCCUGGCCUCUGGCGACCCCCCACCCUCUGUCAAGUGGACCAAGCAACAGGAGAGAGAUAAUUUCCCACCGAACAUUCAGGUUGUUGGACAUACAUUGCGUAUCACAUCUGCCAGAGUGCAAGAUCGAGGAUUGUAUGUUUGCUUGGCAGAAAAUUCCGCAGGAAGCUCACGGGGAGGAGCAAGAGUUGAAGUAGAACCGCGAGAGGCGCCGCAAGCAGUGAUCUACCCGCAGGAAUACAACACGGUGAUGGAGGGGGGAAGCGUGAUGGUCCAGUGCCGGGUGACGGCUGGCAUCCCCACUCCCCACAUGAAGUGGUCCAGGGCUGACGGGCGACCUAUUCCUGUUGGCUCCGAACUGCCUGGUGGCGCCCUAAGACUGAUGAAAGUGACAAUGGCGGACAAGGGCCAGUACGUGUGCCAGGCGUCGAAUGACGUCGGGUCGGUGACGGCGGUGGCGUCAGUUGAUGUACAGCAGCUGCCGGUCAUCCACCUGACCCCGGGUGGCCCACUGCUCAACGUGCGUCUCGGCCAGAGAGUGCGACUCGAAUGCCGCGCGACCGGACAUCCGCCACCCUCUGUCACCUGGACGGCGCCCGGCAUUCGCGGCGGACUACCCGGGCUGGGUUCUGGACCGUCGUACGGUAUUAAAGAACAGCGUAAAGAAGUGGCGGUGUACGAGAUCAACGACGUGCAGGCGCGAGACGAGGGCAUCUACACGUGCCGGGCGCAGAACGCAGCCGGGCCGGCCGAGGAGGAGAUUCAGCUGCUGGUUGGCGGAGACGGCGUCGGGACCGAUGUGGGGCCCACGCGGGGCGAUGUGCCCUUCACGCAGGGCGCUGAGGGCAAGGUCGAGCUAGACGAGACAAACUUCCGGCUGCCAACUGGCGCGCAGGCGCAUAUCCGCUGUGUCGCAAGAGGAAAUGAUAACGUGUAUCUGAAAUGGGUGAAGGACAACGGACUGCCUCUGCCAGCUGAUUUCAAUACUCGCGACGGUGUACUCUACCUGAACAACGUGCAGCGCGAAGAUGCCGGAUUCUACACGUGUCUUGGACUCUCACCGGGUGACAACUCAGUACUCUUCACUGCCACAGCUAGUCUCAAAGUCAUUGAACUACCUAGAAUAACUCUUGAUCCCGAGAGACAAUUCAAGCGGCCUGGUGAAAGUGCUCAGAUAAGAUGCAUUGCUCAUGGAGAUCAACCAAUCGACAUUUCGUGGGACGCCGUUGGUAGGAGGUUGCCACCAUCUGUAUCCAACGACAGAGGUUAUCUCACAUUUUCAAGUAUAGUGCCCGAAGAUGCUGGACAUUACAUUUGCCGCGCCAGGAACCCGUACGGAGACGCCGAAGCGGUUGCCGAAGUCAUCGUGAACAAUAGAACCAAUUACACACGCCCAGUGGUAACAGCCGCAGAUAGAAACCCGGUAGCAGCUGAAGGGAGUGACAUCACCUUGAAGUGCGACAGUGAAUCUGACACAAAUAUAUCCUGGUCAAGACCUCCACUCCAACUGCCGCAAACGGCGCGGGUGAUAGGCAAUGCUUUGCACAUCAGCUUCCUGAGGCCUGAGGACUCUGGCAGAUACAUCUGUGACGCCAGGUCACCCUCCGGCACUAGAUCCUCAGACUACAUCAAUCUCCACGUCACUCAUAGAACCAAUUACACACGACCAGUGGUAACAGCAGCUGAUAGAAACCCGGUAGCAGCAGAAGGAAGUGACAUCACCUUGAAGUGCGACAGUGAAUCUGACACAAAUAUAUCCUGGUCAAGACCUCCACUCCAACUGCCGCAAACGGCGCGGGUGAUAGGCAAUGCUUUGCACAUCAGCUUCCUGAGGCCUGAGGACUCUGGCAGAUACAUCUGUGACGCCAGGUCACCCUCCGGCACUAGAUCCUCAGACUACAUCAAUCUCCACGUCACUCCAAGCAAGUGCGGCGCGCGACAGUUCCAAUGCCUCAGCGGUUACUGUGUGCCGGUGAAGGCGGUCUGUGACGGCUUUCCGCACUGCGCCGAUGGCUCCGACGAGGUUAACUGCAACACUCGCCAAGGACGGGGAGCGACCGAUGUGAGACUAAGGAUUGAGCCAAGCAAGCAUGUCGUGGCAAUUGGUGAUAAUGUCGAUCUGCAGUGCAUAGCUACAGGCAGUCUCAAACCCGAAAUUCGGUGGACCAAUCUGGGCGAUUCUCCUUCAUCGAAUGUAGAAGAUGAUAAUGAUAUUGUCAGAAUUACAGGUGCAACGCUUGCAAACAGAGGACUCUACAAAUGUAAAGCUCCAUCUGCUGUGGGAGGCAGAAUAUCAACGGUUGAAGCUGAAUACAUACUCAAUGUUCUAGAUCCAUUGCCAAACACGCCGCGACCGUCAACAGAGGACCGAGAAGCGCAGAAGAGGUCCGCCUCGUAUGGCGACAUGGUGGUGUUGGACUGUGAUGCACAACUGCUGCCUCCAGUCGAGUACUCGUGGACAAAGGAGGGUGGCGAAAUCCAACCAAACACCAACACAAGACAGGGGCGCCUAGUGAUCCCGUACGCAACAUCAGCUGAUGCCGGUCUAUACGUGUGCACGGCGCAGAGCGGUGACAUCCGAAUCAACAUUCCUACCAUCCUGACAGUGACGCGGGCGGUGCCGUUCUUCUCGCAGGCGCCCGUCUCCUACAUCGCCGUGCCCACGCUUCGCGACGCCAACCUUGAAUUCGAGAUUGAAAUCUCCUUCAAACCCGAACAGUAUGAUGGACUCAUCUUGUAUAAUUCUCAAUUGAGAAACGGGUCGGGUGACUUUGUGUCGUUCGGCAUGAAGAACGGACUGCUAGAGUUCAGGUUUGACGUCGGCUCGGGGCUGGCCAUCAUCCGCAACGACCGGCCAAUAGUGCUCAGCCAAUGGCACACUGUCACGCUCCAUCGAUUCAGGAAGGAUGCUAAAAUGUUUGUGGAUGGCCAAGGACCCUUCACCGGGCUGGGACCGGGAUCAUUUGUACAGUUGGAUCUGCUUGAACCCUUAUUCCUGGGUGGUGUCCCAUCUUUCGCCAAUAUCAACAAGCAAGCUGGUUUGAGUUCAGGAUUUGUUGGAUGCAUCAGCAGACUGGUGAUUGGAGGGAAGGAGGUGGACAUAAUCAAGGAGACACUGACCAAGGAGGGCGUGACCGACUGCGAGACAUGCGCAGUCAACCCGUGCCAGAACAACGGAGUGUGUCAGGAGGCGCAGACCAAGCAAGGCUACAAGUGCAUUUGCCCACGUGGAUUCCGCGGCGAGAAUUGCUCCUACAUCGGAGAUCCUUGCUAUGAAGGAGCUUGUGGCAGUGGAAAGUGUGUGAGCAGUGGCAGUGGACUAAAAUGCAUGUGUCCAUUGAACAAAGUCGGCGAAAGGUGUGAACGAUCAAUCUCCAUUGUCGAGCCAGCCUUCACUGGAGAUUCCUACCUGGCAUACCCUGCACCAAAGGCCAAUCACAAACUCAAAAUUGCGCUGAAAAUCAACCCAUCCGAAGUGAGUGACAGUUUGCUGCUGUACAGUGCACGGAACGAGCAAGGCACUGGCGAUUUUGUUUCUCUCUCCAUCAAAGACAGACAUGUCGAGUUCAGAUUCAAUUCGGGACAAGGGCCAGUGAUCCUACGCAGCCGUCACGAGCUGAAGGUGGGCCAGGAGGUGACAGUGUCGGCGGUGCGCGACCUGAAGGAAGAUGGCCGCCAGGUGCACAGCAGGGCUGUCGGUGGACAAGGAGGAUCACGUGACCAAGUCGCAGCCUAUCGCUGGGUCGCCGCACCUCUCCCUCCGCACGUUCGUGUUUGUCGGCGGCAUCAAUCGGCAGCAUGGAAUGCGACUGGCACCCGAUGUAGGAGUCCAGCACGGAUUCCACGGCUGUAUUUCGGAGACCCCUAUCUUGAGGUUGAAGUAUCCGGUCUCGACCUGGAUCUGCUGAGAUCAGUGAUGGAGUCAGCGAACGUGCAGGAAUGCUCAGAAAUGCAAGGCAACAUGUGCAACUUGAAUCCAUGCCAGAACAAUGCAGUCUGCCGGCCUACGUCCGACCCGCCCAGAUACAAAUGCGACUGCCAGUCUGGAUUCAGUGGCGUGCAUUGUGAACACGAGAACAACAUGUGUAAACUGCUGCAACCUUGCAACAAUGGAGCCAAGUGUACCGGCACAUCCAGCUCAUACUACUGUGAUUGUCCUUUGGGAUACUCCGGGCCAACCUGCUCCAAUAGGGAAGAAUUCACAACUGAAGUGAACUUCAAAGGCGACGGGUACAUUGAACUGGAUAGGAGACUUCUACCUCACACCAAUCCCAACGAAAAAGAAAUAGUUACCAUCGAGUUUUCUACCGAAAAACCAAACGGCAUCCUAUUCUGGCACGGGCAGAGUCCUGAGGAAGAUGGCAGAGAUCAAGAUUAUCUGGCGCUUACUGGGGAAGAAUUUACAACCGAAGUGAACUUCAAAGGCAACGGGUACAUUGAACUGGAUAGGAGACUUCUACCUCACACGAAUCCCAACGAAAAAGAAAUAGUUACCAUCGAGUUUUCUACCGACAAACCAAACAACAUCCUAUUCUGGCACGGGCAGAGUCCUGAGGAAGAUGGCAGAGAUCAAGAUUUUCUGGCGCUUGCUGUGGUGAACGGAUACGUGGAGAUGAGCUGGGAGCUGGGCGACGGGCCGGGCACGAUUCGCUCGCAGAAGCGGGUCGACGACGGCGUCAAACACACUGUGCAGAUGAUGCGCACCGCACAGGCGGCCAGCUUCACACUGGACAACACCGGCAAGGCUCACGGUGACUCGCCCGGUGCCAUGACUCGGCUCAACACCAACGGAAACAUCUAUAUCGGAGGACUUCCCGACAUUGAAAAAAUGACUGACAGGAGGUACACAGAUGGACUGGAUGGAUGCAUUCACCUCAUACAAAUACAGAACUCGGGAGUCAUAAAUCUCAUGGACGAGGCUGUUAGUGGUGUCAAUGUGGGACGAUGCACGAGAAAUGAUUUUGAUGACUAUAGCAACGAUAUUGCUGCUCCAAUUCACACCCACAUACACAGAGGAGAUGUGCAAAUUCAUUAAGGAGGAAUACAUUCUAAUUUAUCAUAGAGAAUUGUCUAAUUAUUUGUGUUCAUUCUGUGCUCCGGACAGCCAGGUAUAUAUCUAUAUUUAUUCCAUCACAAUCAUCUCAUCUAACUACAGACAUUUCUAGCUAUAAGUUUAUUUUGAAUAAUACUGUUUCUAAUAUCACCUUUAGUAUUGUAAUAUAUUAAUAUUAGUUGAAUGUUACUGCCAGUACUCUAGGCGCCAUUUAUUAUUUUGUGUAACUGUCUUUGUAUAAAAAUAUAGAAUUAUUGUGAUCUUUUUCGGUGCCAUAAAGUUGUAUUAAUUUUUAGUGUAUUCAGUAUUCAUUUCUUUAAUUCUCAACAGAAAUAGCUUUAUCAAAUAACAAACAAAAAUAUAAAUAACAUUCAGUGUGACUUAAUUUAUGCAUAAAAAUGUUAUUUAGGUUUGAUCAUUUAAUGUUCAUGAACAAAUACAUUCAGUUUGAUUGUAUUAACUCAGGAAUUCUAAAUAUUUCACAUUGGUUUCAUUGAUAAUUUCCGGUAUUAAAUGCUACAGAUGAACUUGACGUUCAUUUUGUUCAGAAAAUGUAUGUCUAAAUAUUUCAGUACCCUUCACAGGCGUUUCUUUCUAUCUUUGGUUGAAUUAUUAUUAAAUUAAUUUAGCAAUUUCUCUGAAUUCAGUUUCAUACAACUUAUUAGAAGUUGUGUAAUAGAUAUGGCAUUCUUUAAAUUAAACUCCUCUCUUGUUACUUUUCGCUUAUCCAAUGAAAUCGUUGAAAUGUGUCCAAUAGUUAGCAUUACCGAUUACCGUUCACCAAUAUAUAGGUUACAUAAUGCUAUCUUGGAUGAAUUCUUGAGUUAUACUAUUUGUCAAAAUUAACAAUAUUACAUUCAAUCUAUUAUUGUAGAGUUCAGUUACUGUUCUCUUGUGUUUUUGUAAAGUGUUCUUUAGUGAAAAGACUAAUGUAACUUGAGAUCCAGAAAACUUUGACAAUAAAAUUAUUAUUGAUA